GCGCGUCCAGCGAGCCGCACGUGAGGUGGUCGCGCGCGUUUCUCUCCCGCGAGCGGACACUCGCGUCACCGUAUAUAUAUAUACACGUACAUAUAGUGGCAUUUUCAUUACCAAUUUCGACCGAAGGUACGGAACGAACGAUCGCUCGGCACGAGACGGGAUGGCGAUCUCGUUUCGCUGAAAAGUCGCCGCGUCAGAGCGAGGCACCGGCACGAGCGAUCUGAGAAUGGCAUAGGGAGCAGGACGAACGAUCGAUCGGCAGGAUGUGUUAUGUGAUAGUCACCGGACGCAGUCUGUUAUGGACGCUCUUGUCUCUGACGGCGUUGAUGGCCGUUUUAUCGGGCCUCAUCACUCCCAGAUGGCUCGUCGGACCACCAACGAUUAAAGACACGAGGAACGGCACGGAACUCUACACACCCACCGUCGGGAUCUUCAACCGUUGCACGAGAUUGUACGGGAGGUCGCAUUGCGCGAACUUCAACGGCGACGGUCUCUCGACGGACUCCAACGUUUUCCCGGGAUGCUGGAAGGCUUCCUUAUUCUUCUUGUCCUUGGGCCUGGCGGUGAUGUCGAUUACUGUGAUAGCUGCUCUGCUGGGGUGCUGCGUGCAGAGUAUCGGCCGCAAGAGCAUCUUCAAUUUGGCGGGCGUGGCGCAGGCCGUGGCUGGGAUACUGUAUCUCUUCGGGAUGAUCCUGUAUCCUGCCGGUUGGGGCGCCGAGAGGGUACAGAGGAUCUGCGGUCCUGAAGCAGACGCUUUCUAUCUCGCCAACUGCAGCCUUGGCUGGGCCUUUUACAGCGCGAGCAUCGGCGUCGUCCUUACCUUCCUCUGCGCAGUUUUCAGCGGGCAGGCGGAGAAGUCGACCGCCAGCGACAAGAUUCAGGACAAAAUGAACGAAGGAAAGACCCUGAUAUGCUUAGCCUGAGCACUUCGAUCAGAUCAGCGAGGGGUUUGAUCUCGCCAAGCGACGAGCAACGUCGCUGCGAAGGUGUCGGAAAAAAUCGCCGACGAAAAACAGCAAGUGUUCACCGCGCGACGGGAUGACUAAAGGAUUGUCGUCGAGCAAAUUACUCACGAUCGGUUACAAAGCGGCCAUGAUUAAUCGCGCACCGAAAACGAAUAUUCAUAAUAAAAUGUUUGUAUGCCUGCAGUGUUCAUUGAAUCCUAUAUUUUAUACUUUAUCGUGUAUCUCUUUGUCAACGAAAUAUAUAAGGUGAAUCAGCGUCAGCAAAUUAUUUGUCUUCCAUUUGUUUCGAUAUGAGUGGAGUGGAGUCUAUCAUCGCAACGCGUAUCGCGAUAUGUACAGGGUGUUAAAUUUCAAACGUAGCAAA